AUGAAACCGCUGCGCCUCGCCGCCGCCGCCGCCGCGCCCUUGCGCGGUCCGCCGCCCGCCGUGCGCCUGCGCUUCCAGUCGCUCCUGCCCGCCCGCCAGCUCACCACCCCCGCCGCCCGCGCCCAGUCCACAUCCACGCCCACGCUCACGCCCACGCCGCUCGCCCUGCCGCGCCGCCUGCUGCGCGCCUCGCAUGCCCAUGUCCGCCCCGGCGCCUCGCCCGUAUCUCCGCUGUUCCGCCUCCUCCGCGGCCCCGGCGCCCGCCGCUCCCAUACCAAUUCCUCCAAGCCUCCCAAGCUUGAUCCAACGCCGAACCUCGGGAGCCCCGAGGCCACCCCGUCGUUCUCGCAGCGCAUGCGCAAGCUGUCGCGUGAGUACGGCUGGGUAGCAUUGGGUGUGUACCUGGGCCUGUCGGUGCUGGACUUUCCCUUCUGCUUCCUCGCGGUGCGGAUGCUGGGUACUGACCGCAUUGGCCGGUGGGAACACGCCGCGAUAACAGCCUUUUGGAAUCUUGUACACGUAGCUUUGCCCGACGUGCAUCGGGCGAAGAAGCCGGAAGGUGCCGUAGAGACCGAGGCUGGCCAUGUGCUGGAUGGCGCCGUCAGCGACAUGGCCGACGUCGCGGCGGCGGAAGAGGCCAAUGCGGGAGAAGAGGCCACUAUUUGGACCCAGCUCGCCCUCGCCUAUGCAAUCCACAAGUCCUUCAUAUUUUUCCGGGUGCCGCUCACGGCUGCGGUAACGCCCAAGGUCGUCAAGGUCCUGCGCGGCUGGGGGUGGAACAUUGGCAAGAGGAAGCCGAAGGCGUAG